AAUCUCAGAUGCUUCGUAACUCUGAGCAAAAUUCUUAAAAAAGAGAACCACUUGAACUCGGAGAAGUCAUCCUUACAUCCUAGUUAUAAAUUACCAAUACACACACUGAAACACACACACACAAAACACAUACAUCUACUCGCUUUUCUGUCCCACCAAACACCUCUCUCAAUCAUGUCCGGCGGUGGAAACGACGUCGCCCCGGGCGAGUUUCUACUCCAACUCCUCCGCAAUCCACCUCAGCAGCCACGUCACCAUCCACCCUCGCCACAACCACUACAGCAGAACCCCCAAAUCAUAACCUACGAUCCGGCCAUCGCCGUUGUGAGGGCCGCCCCCGGCGGCGCCCCGACAAUUUCGCCGACAAUUUCGAGGGGGUUCCAGAACAACAUUCUCAAUCAGAAUCUUCAUGUGAAUUAUGGUAAUAGCGGGGGUUUUCGUCCUCACUUUGCUCCACACAACUUUUUUAUGCAAAACCCUAACCCUAAUUUGAUGGUGCCUUCUUCUUCACCUCCAAGACCUAGUUUUGAUCAAAUUCAGGCUCACAGUCAGCAGUUGGGAGUUGAUAAUGUGGUAAAGUUGGGGUCUUCAUCGAAUUCGAGUUCGAGACAGGUGCAUAGUGUACAGAGUGAUAUGAUGUUUGGGUCUUUCGAUGUUAGGGGUAAUGCUGGUGGUGGGUUGUCUAGUUUGAAUGGGAAUUUGGGAAAUAGGCUUCCGAAUGCUUUUGAUACUGAGUUUCAUAAGGCUCUUGAGAGGAAUCAAUAUAAUGGUGGUGGUGGUAGAUGGGGGCCUACGCCUGUUAGGCGACCGCCACCACCCGGGUUUAACAAUGAUAGGAGUGGUAAGAACAAGGGUGGUGGAAUUGAGCAGAAUGUAAGUAAGGGGAAGAGUAAAACUGGGGAGGGGAAUUAUGAAAAUGUGAAAUCGAGUCAGAGGGUGUCAGGUGAAAGGAGGCUUAGUGGGCAGUUAGAUAACCCUGGUUUGGCAGCUGGGAGUAAGGUUCAUUCUGCUAAGGCAUCUGAUAUUGAAGAGUCGCAAAUGGCAUUGCACAGUGAGCUUAGGGCUGAUCAAGUGAAGGGGGAGGAGGAGGAGGAUGCCAAGGAUGAAUCGGUGGAAUUGGAAGGUAUAGUGGAUGAUUUAGUGCUUGAAGAUGAGUCUGCUGACAAGGAGGAUAAGAAAAAACAAAAAGUUAAUCGGGAUAAGGACUACAGAUCUGAUAAAAGAGGACAAUGGAUACUCAAUCAACGGAUGAGGAUUUCGAGAAGACGUAUUGAAUGCCGCCGUGAUAUUCACAGGAUGAAUAUUCCAUUCCUUGACAUUUAUGAGUCACUAAAGCCAUCCGAGGAAGAAAAGGCGAAGCAAAAGCAGCUAAUGGCAUUACUGGAAAAACAUGUGAACAAAGAGUGGCCUGAGGCUCGGUUGUAUCUCUAUGGAUCGUGUGCUAAUUCAUUUGGGUUCAAAAAAAGUGACAUUGAUGUAUGCCUUGCAAUUGAUGAUCUAAAUGUGAACAAAUCUGAAGUCUUGCUAAAGCUGGCAGACAUACUGCAGGCAGAUAAUCUCCAGAAUGUUCAGGCAUUGACACGUGCAAGGGUGCCUAUAGUGAAGCUUAUGGACCCUGUGACUGGUAUUUCUUGUGAUAUAUGUGUGAACAACUUAUUGGCUGUUAUAAAUACAAAGCUCCUCCGAGAUUAUGCACUAAUAGACGAAAGACUGCGACAAUUGGCUUUCAUAAUAAAACAUUGGGCAAAAUCGAGAGGAGUCAAUGAGACUUACCAGGGGACAUUGUCUAGCUAUGCAUAUGUCUUAAUGUGCAUAAAUUUCUUACAACAACGCAAUCCUGCUAUACUUCCAUGCUUGCAGAGAAUGGAGAGAACUUAUGCAGUAAAUGUGGAUAACGCAGAGUGUGCUUACUUUGAUCAAGUAGAGAAACUCGUUGGUUUUGGAUCCCAAAAUAGAGAAACCAUUGCUCAGCUGGUUUGGGAGUUUUUCAGCUAUUGGGCAUUUUACCAUGAUUAUACCAAUGAAGUUAUAUCUGUGCGUGAAGGGAUCACAUUAAGCAAACAUGAAAAAGACUGGACUAGAAGGGUUGGUAAUGAUCGCCAUCUGAUAUGCAUAGAGGACCCUUUUGAGAUUACUCAUGAUCUGGGCCGUGUUGUGGAUAAAUAUAGCAUCCGUGUCUUGAGAGAGGAAUUCGAACGUGCUGCUGAGAUUAUGCAGUAUCAUAGUGAACCUUGGGUAACCCUAUUCGAGCCUUAUAUCCCAAGCUAAUUUCUCACCCAGUGUUGAUCAAGGAGUUUGUAAUUACGGAGACUGUAGUGUGGCUUGUAAAUUUCUUAUGGUAGUAAUUUGCUAUUAUCCAUCUCAGGUCCGUAUAUGUUUUCAAGCCCCCUUCUACAGUUAAUAGUUUGUAAAGAACUCUUUACUAAGGAGCUCUCAUAGCUAUUUCCAAGUAUAUGAAUUUUGUAGUUCUA